UUUACAACUUGCGAUUGAAAAUUUAACAGAUUUGGGGCUUCUGAUUUGGAUUUUUUGACUGGGACGCUAGGUUUGAUGUAUCUGUUUUGUUUUUUUGGUUGCUGCAAAUACGAAUGGUUUGCUCAGCUGGAUUUUAGUUGAAAUGGAAUACUCCAGGAAAGAGUCCUCUAGAGGAUCCGAAUAAUGCCUAUUUAAACUAGCUGUCACUCCCUCCUCGACCGUCCAAAACCCUAGAACCUUGAAUUCGCUGUACCAGACCCAUCUGGCCUAGGGUUACAAUCUUCAAUCGAGUCUGACCACUACACCUGCAACAUUCAGUGUUUUGUGGAACGUGUUUUGGGAGCAAGAUGAGCACAAAGGUCGAGCCGGCAUCUACAGUUGAACAGCACCGUGUUCAGACCAUUAUAACAGCUAACACAUCUGCAGCAUCAGCAAGUAGCCCAAAGAUAUCUAUGUUUGCUGCAAAAUCAGGAUUUGUAAUACCUAAAAACAAAUUAUCAGGUUCAUUAGUUCCCAUUUUCCGUGGUGGUAAAAAGCCUGGAGGCAGUGAUGCGGUGAAUGAAGAAAGUACUAAACAGGUGCAGAGGAAAACAAAAUGGGGCCCUGAUCUUACACAGGAUGCCGCUGUUAGAAAAGGAAGAGCGGUAGCUUAUCAGACUCGAGUAGAUCAAAUUACAAAAAGGCUAAAUUCAGGAAUUUUGGAGACAAGAGACAAUCAAGACUCACCAUUAUCAGCCCCGAUUCCAAAUCAUGAAUCUUCAGUUCAGAUCAAGAGUGAGAAGUCAGAAUCGUUGGAACUAGAAAGGCGGGAGGCUAUUGGUGAAAUACUGAAGUUGAAUCCAAGCUACAAGGCCCCGAAAGAUUAUAAACCCUUGUUGAAAGAGGCUAAAGUUUCUGUCCCUAUCAAAGAAUAUUCAGGGUACAAUUUUAUUGGUCUAAUAUUUGGCCCUGCAAGUGAUACUCAAAAACGGUUGGAGAAGGAAACAGGAGCUAAAGUCCGAGUUUAUGGUACCAAAGCAGAUACAGGAGAGAAGGGUGAAAUUACACCAUCAGAUGGAAAUGAAGCUCUUGUUGCUUAUGCUGAGUUAUACGUUCAUAUAUCUGCUGACACAUAUGAGAAGGUUGAUGCUGCAGUUUCCCUAAUUGAACUGCUUGUCACCCCAGUUCCAGUAAACCCAUCUGCUGUUUCCACAACAUCAACUUCUGUUUCUGCUGAUAAUGUGAAUGCUGUUGAUCAAAGUCAAGGUACAUCCACCCCUUAUAUAAUAUCUGCUGUGGAGGUGAAUCAGAAAGCGGCACAAUCAUUCAUGGGAUCUGUCCAAACUCCACAAGUUCAGUUUCAGCCACAUCCAGGUCCAUGGUUCCCAGCAGGGCCACCUCAGAGUCCUAUGCGUCUGCCUUCUGGAUUCAUUUUCCCUCCAAAUCCUUCAGCACCAAUGCUCAACAAUCUUUUCCAAGCAUCAUCAUCUUCUUUUAAUCCCUCACAUAUGCCUUCACUAUUUGGUCCUCGACCAGUUCUCCCUGCUGGUCUUGGCUCUGUUCCACAAAAUCCUUCUCUUGUUCCCUCCCGAGCACAGCCACCAGUUUUGCAGCGCCCUUUUAUGCCUCAGGCACCUUUUGGUCAUGCUGGCUCACCAAGAAAUCCUCCGAUGGCAGCUUCACAACCAUCACCUGCUCAACCCAGUAUUUCAGCUCCACCACCACCUCCACAUACUGGCAAUCAACCUCCCUCAAUUGUAAGGUCAUUAGGGCCUUCUUCGUCUCAACCUGUGUCCACCAGACCUUCGUCAGGAUCACUCCCUGACAGGAUGUUGCCCCCUGCUGGGAGUUCUACUCAGUGGUCUCAAGCACUGUCUGCCACUCCUCCAUCUCUUCGUCCAGGCAGCAUGUCACAGAUGGCACCCCCAGUGGUUCCUCAGGGUCCUCAUCCUGUAACCCCACAACCCAUCAUUGCAUCUGGACCGCCACUAUAUAAUAUUACAACAGUGAAUAUGGUUUCACCUGUAGCCUUUCCCCCCAGGCGGCCAUCUGGUCCUGAGCCUUACAUUACAUCUGGAAACCGUCCUCCUGUCUUCACUUCUGGCCCACAGCCGCCUCAAGCAUGGCUUCCCCCAGCAUCAUCAUCUUUUGUUCCAAACCAAUUGUCAGCACCUAUGUCUGCCCCUAGACCGAUCCAAUCUCCAUCACCAGUUGCGUCUAUGCAACUGAUAAUAGCACAGGGGGGUCCUGUGACGCCUAAUCCAAUUCCAAAUCCUUUAUUGGGGGGAUCGAUGCCAAUUGCUCUGCAAGUGGCAUCCACAUCCACAUCAACACCACCACCACCUCCACAAGCAGGAAUUCCAAGUUCUGCUUUGGGAAGUGCACCAACUUUUGCUCCUAUAAAACCCCCUUCUCUAACAGCUCCAAAACCACAACAUCCAAACUCGAGUGAUUUCACUUUUCAGCCUCACCGGCCCCAGAAUCUAAUCACUCAAGCAGUUCCAAGGCCUGGCAUUCAACCUACAAUUCAGAAUAUGCGACCCCCAAAUCCAACAGCACAACUACCUAUGGCACCUCAAACACCAUCUUUCCGGCCUGCCAUUCAAACUUCAUCUCCACCUGUCAUGCAAGGCAUCCCAAGACCACCGCUUAACAAUCAGAUGAAUCAAACUCACAGCCAAGUAUCUUCCUUUGCUGGAAAUCCAACUAUCACUACAGCUCCACCUAGACACCCAUCAUUCCCAAAUCCAAAUAGUUCUCUUGUCCCACAAAUGGGACACAGGAAAUUAAAUCCAUCUCCCCAUGUGGGAAAUAUGGGUGGUGGUCCAGGUCCUUUCCCUCGUAGGCCAGGAAAUCCUGUGCAGCAGCAGCUUCAGCAAAAUUAUCUAUCUGCAGUGGGUCGGCCACAGAGUCACUUGGCUCCAAAUCAACAGCAGCUAGGUAGCAAUUUGCCCUCUGCAUCAUCAUCUGGUAGGCCAGCAGCUGCUUCUUCUAGUCCUGGAGCACAGCAAAAUUAUGAUCCAUUCUCGCCCACUUCUAUUUCUACUGUACCUCUUCAGGGACAGGGACAAGGAGGUAAUCCAUUAAAGACAAGGAAGCAGGAGAGUGAUCCAGAGUAUGAUGACUUGAUGGCUUCGGUUGGAGUAAAAUAAUUUCAAUUUGAAGAAUUUCCUUGUUUGGCUGAUACCAGAGUGGGAUAUUAAAUUCCAUGGGUUUUAGGAUUUACAUUGUUUUCACCCUUUCAGUUAUAAUAUGUGAACUUGCCUCAUUUGGGAACAAGUUUUUUUAUUAGCUUUUUGACUUUUUAGUUAAAAUGUGAUGUAAAAAAAAUUAGUAUAUUUGGGAUGACUUUUUGAUUUUUUACGAAAAGAUA